AUGGUCGAGGUCGUCGAGGUCAGAAAGGAGUAUGUCUCUGGCCACCAGCUGCCCACACACCGGACAAACCCAAACGACAGCGAGUCCAUCAUCUUCACGACCACUGAGCCAUGCCAAAAAUCAGCCUGGACGUCAUCCGCGGCGAAAGAUCGUAUGUUCUUGCUUUCGCAUGACCACAUCCAGCCAAGGUUGGAGCCUAGAAGGAACAACCUUGACUUGUCGCGCCCUUCUUAUGCAUGUUGGACACACACCUCCUCCCCUCCUCCCAGUCAAAAACCGAGUCGGGCCCUUUUUCGACCGUCCGCAAGGUCCGCGAUUUCA